GAGCCCAGCGGAGGCCUCUGUCGCUCACCGUCAUGCCGUUCCCGUUUGGAAAGUCCCACAAAUCCCCAGCGGACAUUGUGAAGAACCUGAAGGAGAGCAUGGCUGUUCUGGAAAAGCAGGACGUUUCUGACAAAAAAGCAGAAAAGGCUACAGAAGAAGUUUCUAAAAACCUGGUGGCCAUGAAAGAAAUCCUGUACGGCACCAACGAGAAGGAGCCGCAGACGGAAGCCGUGGCCCAGCUGGCGCAGGAACUCUACAACAGCGGCCUCCUCAGCACGUUGGUGGCCGACCUACAGCUCAUUGACUUUGAGGGCAAAAAAGACGUGGCUCAAAUUUUCAACAAUAUUCUCAGAAGACAAAUUGGUACAAGAACUCCUACUGUUGAAUACAUCUGCACCCAACAGAAUAUUUUGUUCAUGUUAUUGAAAGGGUAUGAAUCGCCAGAAAUCGCUCUAAAUUGUGGAAUCAUGUUAAGAGAAUGCAUACGACAUGAACCGCUUGCAAAAAUCAUUUUGUGGUCAGAACAGUUUUAUGAUUUCUUCAGAUAUGUGGAAAUGUCAACGUUUGACAUAGCCUCAGAUGCAUUUGCCACAUUCAAGGACUUACUUACGAGGCACAAGUUGCUGAGUGCAGAAUUCCUGGAGCAGCAUUAUGACAGAUUCUUCAGUGAAUAUGAGAAGCUACUUCAUUCAGAAAAUUAUGUGACAAAAAGACAGUCACUCAAGCUUCUUGGUGAACUGCUGUUAGAUCGGCACAACUUCACAAUUAUGACAAAGUACAUCAGCAAACCUGAGAACCUCAAGUUAAUGAUGAACCUUCUCCGAGACAAAAGCCGUAACAUCCAGUUUGAGGCCUUUCAUGUGUUUAAGGUGUUUGUGGCCAAUCCCAACAAGACACAGCCCAUCUUAGACAUCCUCCUGAAGAACCAAACCAAACUCAUAGAAUUCCUCAGUAAGUUCCAGAAUGACCGGACCGAGGAUGAACAAUUCAAUGAUGAGAAGACCUAUUUAGUUAAACAGAUCAGGGAUUUGAAGAGACCCACCCAGCAGGAAGCCUAAUAUCCAAUAAACGUCUACCAAUCAUUAAGUCCCAAUUCCGCAUUUGCUGUU